UAGUCAGGCUGUAUUUGGAAACGCCCUCAACUGCACUUUGUGCUGCUAUAUUAGUGUUUCUCAAGCAAGAGGAAUUUUCUUUUGCUUCUGCAGCUGCUCCUGCAAAACCCUCUGCCUGUAUGCAAGCCCUGCGUCUCUGGACUCUGCUUGCCACCUAUGCUGUUGCAGUAGGACAAAAUCAAGGACAGAAGAAUCAGGAGUGCCCUAAGCUCAACGCACAGAUGCCAGAAUUCCAGAAGAAGACUGUCCAUAUUAAGGACCCAGGGAGAGUAGAGGAGAUUAUUUGUGGCCUCAUCAAAGGUGGAGCUGCCAAACUUCAGAUUAUUACAGAUUUUGAUAUGACAUUAAGUAGAUUUUCCUACAAUGGAAAAAGAUGUCCAACUUGUCAUAACAUCAUUGAUAAUUCUAAGCUCAUCUCAGAGGACUGUCGGAAAAAGUUAUUGCAGCUGAAAGAAACCUAUUAUGCUAUUGAAAUUGAUCCAGCUCUCACUAUUGAAGAAAAAUAUCCAUAUAUGGUAGAAUGGUACAAUAAAUCUCAUGCACUACUCAUUGAACAAGGCUUACAAAAGGAUAAGUUUGCAGAAAUUGUAAGGGAGUCUGAUGUUAUGCUGAAAGAAGGAUAUGAGAACUUCUUUGAUAAACUCAGUGAACAUAAUAUUCCUGUGUUCAUAUUUUCUGCUGGGAUUGGAGACAUUCUUGAGGAAGUUAUCCACCAGGCUGGGGUCUACCAUUCUAAUGUCAAAGUGGUUUCCAAUUUCAUGGAUUUUGAUGAAAAUGGAAUAUUAAAAGGAUUUAAAGGAGAAUUGAUUCAUGUUUACAACAAACAUGAUGGUGCCUUGAAGAAUACAGAGUACUUCAAACAACUAAAAGACAACAGCAAUAUCAUACUGCUGGGCGAUUCCCAAGGAGACUUGAGUAUGGCAGAUGGAGUAGCAAAUGUUGAACACAUUCUUAAGAUCGGCUAUCUCAACGAUAAAGUAGAUGAGCUUUUGGAAAAAUACAUGGACUCUUACGAUAUUGUCUUGGUGAAAGAUGAAUCCCUGGAAGUUGCCAACUCCAUCCUACAGAAGAUCCUGUAAAUUGCAGUCUCAAGUCACUCCAUUCCUUCCAGGAGGCAACUGGACAGAAGAGCACACAUGUGCUAUCUUAGAUGUCUUUAUUACUCAUUUACAGAACUGUUUAAUUUAAUUUAAGACUUUUAUCUUCAUUUUGGUAUUUUGAAAUAUAUAUGGUAUCCAUUGUCAACUAGAAGCUCCUUUUACUGCUCUUACGCUGUUCUUUAUUGUCUCACACUCCUAUUAUAACUAGAUUUAAAUUGGAUUUAUAGAUGUGAUGAACUGCUGCUGAUGGGAUACUAUGGUUCACUGUCUUUUAAUCAAGCAUUUCAGAGGAGCAUUUUAGAAAAUGUGGCUAUUUUGUAAAAUUGAAGAUGUAAACAUUCUGUGAAUAAGCAGUGUGCACAUUUGUGUUGCCUUUUCUUCUUUCAAAGAAGAUAAUUCAGUCUCAGCUGUACUUUGAAGAAUCUUACUCAUAUGCUAUAGACUUUCACAGAAGUUUUUCAUACAUAUAUUUUUCUUCAGUAAAAAUGCUUUAUUCAUCCAA